AUGUUGGGAGGAUUCCACGCUGGCCUCUGGAAGGAGGCAGAGGGGGUCAUUGCUCUAGCCUCGCCCGACGAAGACGAGCCGAUGAAGGAUGUUGGAACGAGCUCAUCGUCAUCCCCUGCCUCCGAGGUCCCAUGUAGUAUUACCGGUCGGAUCAUCGAUGAUGGAUUCGACGCUGCAUCGCUCGACUUUUCAGACAUCAGCAUGUCCAAAACAACAGUCGUCCGCUCCCGCCACUCGAUCCGCCGACGCUCCGUCAUCCCGGAUGACGACAUUUUUGGAGCGUGGCCCCUUCCCGAGGAUGGCUCCCUGCCCGAUAGGCCUCGGACUCCCGAGAAUAGACCGGCCCCGCGCGGAGGUGAUGAUGUUUCUGGCAUCGUUCGGACGGUCAUGGACGCCAUGCAACAACGCUCGGUUUCGACCCCGGUCCACGGACAGGCGAACAACAAGGUCCACUUUGAUACCACUAGUCUAAAAGCUCUCGUCAAGAGGGCUGGUGAUCUUCGAGAUGUCCUCUCCGACUUGGUUCGCAAGGCCGACCCCAUCGGGGCCAGUCCCGCGCGCACCCUCGGCAUGACGGCAGCCCUGCCUUUACCCGAGUAUUCAACGAGCCCCCUCGAGCCCCUCGCGCCGGCUACCUCACAGCCGAAGCAAUAA